GAGUGGUAGAUUCCUUUGUCCAUGAAACACCACUUAGUGCACUCUCCCUCCCUUCUAUAAAUACUCCCCUAAAGGGACUCUCUAAGACCACAAAACAUAACUCACACAUCUCUAGAGAGUGCUCAAUACAUUUGGUUCUUAGAGAGAGAGAGAGAGAGAGAGAGAGAGAGAGAGAGAGAGAUAAUAUGGCUUCAAACCCAAGAACCAACUACUCCAAUGAGAUCCAUGACAUAGACAUAAUCCAAAGCUCCUCCAUCCCCCCAAGAGUGCUCUACCAGGAAAAAUCCUUUAGAGAGUAUCUCCCUCCAUUUCUCCUCAGAAAGGUGGUGGCUGAGAUUAUUGCUACUUUCUUGCUGGUGUUUGUGACCUGCGGCGCGGCCGCGCUUAGCAAAAAUGAUUCGACCCGCAUUUCGCAGCUCGGUGCAUCGGUCGCGGGAGGGCUUAUCGUGACGGUGAUGAUAUAUUCCGUCGGACACAUCUCCGGCGCGCAUAUGAAUCCCGCUGUCACUCUAGCCUUCGCUGUCUCAAAGCAUGGGCAAUUCCCUUGGAUUCAGGUGCCCUUUUACUGGUCGGCACAGCUCACCGGGGCCAUGAUUGCGGCCUUUAUUCUGCGUGAGGUGCUCCACCCGAUUACGAAUCUUGGAACGACGACGCCGUCGGGGACGGAGUGGCAGGCACUCGUGAUAGAGAUCGUUGUCACCUUCGUCAUGAUGUUUGUCACUUCAGCGGUCGCGACUGACACCAGAGCGGUGGGAGAGUUGGCAGGUUUAGCAGUUGGCUCCUCAGUUUGCAUAACUUCUAUCUUUGCGGGACCGGUUUCUGGCGGAUCGAUGAACCCGGCAAGGACGCUGGCACCCGCGGUCGCGAGCAAGAUAUACAGCGGGCUCUGGGUAUACUUUCUGGGGCCCCCUAUUGGCACGUUGUCAGGCGCGUGGGCCUACAACUAUAUACGCUUAAAUGAUAUGUCACCGCAGCAAGCAGAGAAGCUCUCGUCUUUCAAGCUACGACGCUUGCAGAGCCAGGCAUCGCCGCAAGUUGGCGGCGGUGACGAGCUCGACAACCUUUAAUGGGCUUUGGGCUUUAAUGGGCUUGGCCCAUGUGGUUUCUAGUGCCUAGCCUACUUACUAUGGGCUUUUUAUGGGCUCUAUUUUGUAGUGCUAAAUGUGCUUGUUGUUAAGUUGCAAGGGUGGUUUGCUAUCUUAGAAAUGAGCAUGUAAUUAAUCAAUCCCUUGGGGUUAAAAAGUAUGGAUAGUUUCUAUGCUUUUGGCUUAUUAUUAAUUGCCUUUGGUCCUUUUUAAUUUUAA